AUGUCAAGCAAAAAGCUGCCAAGCGCAUUUCCGAGCGCAGUUGCCUCUUCCUCGACGUCUAGGGAAGCACGCGACUUUGCUUCGAUAGCACCGCUUGACACGCCUCCGCCCAUCGAGUCUCUGUCCGAUCUCGUAGCGUAUCGAGCCGCGCAGAAACGGCAGAGCCCUGAUCCUGCCUCACUCGCACAAGCCUCCUCUUCUCCUCUUCACAAGACGUUUUGGUUCGGUAAUGGAAGCCAAAAUGAACCUUCCGCAAUUGACGAUACUCGCGCGCAGCCCGUCUUGGAGGACGAUGAGGCGAUCAGAGUCUCUGAAGGACGCAGACGGACUCCACAGCCAAACAUUUGGGAGCGAGCUCGUAGUGCGCUGAGUCCGCUGUCAGGACUAUUGGGGCAGUCAGCCCACACGGCAACCUCGCGAGACGAUGCAGGAAGCAAAAGCAUCGCUGGGGCAACCCGUGGUUCGGACUCGAGCGGGCCAGGCGCGAUGUAUGAGCGUCAAGCGGCAGAAGAUGAGGCAGGAUUGAGUGACACGGUAGAGCAGGAGGACGUGUCGCUCGAGUCCCUGCGUCUUUCGACCGCGUCCUUAGCCAUUCUCACUGCUGCGGUCGCUGGAGCGCAGAUGGCCUGGUGCCUGGAGCUGGCGUGAGUAGCGUGCGUGCUCUUUGUCUUCGAAACUCGCAACUUGCUGAAGCGCUUCUGCCUUUCCGCCUCGCUUUGCAGGUUUGGCACGCCCUACCUCUUGUCCCUGGGUCUGUCUAAAUCCUCCACCUCACUCGUAUGGCUGGCAGGCCCUGUCAGCGGGCUGAUAGCUCAACCGCUUGUAGGGUCCAUGUCGGAUCGAUCCACCUCCCGCUUCCGGCGAAGGAAGUACAUGCUGUCAGCUGCGCUCGUCCUCUCUCUCAGCACUCUUCUCGUCGCUUUUUCACGUCCUCUUUCUGAGCUGCUGGCCGAUAUCACAGGCGUUGGAAUGGGCGACUGGGAUCCCACAAGAGAGAAGACAGUGGUGGCAUACAACCAGUCCUUUGCUAUCGUCGGCUUCUGGAUUCUGGAUUUGAGCCUGAACGCUCUGCAAGCUGCUUCUCGGGCAUUAAUCCUUGAUGUCGCACCAUCUGAGCAACAAAGCAGCGCAAAUGCUUGGCAAGGACGCAUGACUGCCCUGGGCAAUCUGAUAGGCUAUUCUGCUGGAUGGCUCGACCUUGGAUCAUCUAGAGCCCUACGAUGGGUCGGAGGCGGUCAAUUCAGGAAAUUGGCGUUGGUCGCUUUGACGGGCAUGUUGGUCGGAGUGGGAACGACCUGUUUGCUCAUCGACGAGACAAAAGGUGCGCAUUCAAACGCUACCAGCGGAAGCACCAACACGACUACGCCACAUGGACAUACAGUGCAACCUCAAAGCAGUCUCUGGCAGGAGCUGAAGCUCUCGCUGAGAGACAUUUGGCAAGCAGCAAGAAGGCUCCCCCGACCUGUGCGAAGAGUUUGCAUGGUCCAACUAUUUGCGUUCAUGGGCUGGUUCCCGUUGCUAUUCUACGCCAGCAGCUACAUCGCAGAAGUUCACGCAGCCCAGAGAGGUGGUCGAGAUGCCGUGCUUCUUGAAGCUGGGCCGGCGCAGAACUUUCUUGGGCGGUCUGCGGCAGACAAGGACGCGGAAAGGGGAAGCAAAGCUCUGCUGUGAGUGUUUGCGUGUCGCUUCUCGGUCUUAGCGGUAUAGUUCGCAUCUAACGCCAAUUUGCUUCUAACCGCUGCUUCUGGAUGCAGAUUGUAUUCUCUCGUAGCUUUGGUUUCAGGAACUCUGCUGCCUUAUGUAGCUCUUGCUUCGGACUCGCGCUUGCAGAAUUUGUGGUCGAAGAGGCAGCCCUUGGCCAGUGAAGGUCUUACUGAGUCAACACAUCUGCUCCCCAGGAUGGGCGAGGAAGCAGGACUGACAACAUUGCCCAAGUCCAGGACAAGGCUUCAAAGGAUCGCCCAAGGCAUUCGAGAAGGGGUGACUCUGCGGACUAUGUGGACUUGCGCAAGCCUCCUUCUCGCUACCUUGAUGGCGAUCACAUUUCUUCCACUCAAAACCACUGGAGCGACUGUACUGAUAUCGAUGGUUGGCAUUCCCUGGGCAGUUGCUAGCUGGGUACCCUUUGCGUUGGUCAUGGAGCAAGGUGAGCGACUGCCAUUUCCCCGCUGUUGACGUUGCUGAGACUGACCAACGCCGUCUUACGUCGCUUCGUCAGUUCACGAAGCCGAACAAGGCUCGUCGCCGUUUGAAUUCGAGGGAGACUAUCAUGGCGCGCAAAGGACUGCUCAGCGUAGGCGGGCCAGCAUGCUCGCUGCGGCAAGCUUCCACGUCGCAGGUACUUCCUCGGAGAGCACAUCAAGUGAUUCCACGAUGGCGCGGACACAAUUGAGAGCCGCACUGAACGAGUGUGGUCCCCUGCGACGAGGAGACCCGCCUGCAUCACUUUUGAAAGGGCGUUCGAGUAGGAACACGACUCCUAGUGGAAGCGUCCUGGCCAGGGGUGGAGAGAUCAUCGGUCAUCUCCCAUCCAGCACUUCGAGGCAUGCGCCAACAGCUGCCUCGACGCAGGGCGGAUCGGGAGGCACGAUUCUCGGCAUUCACAAUCUCGCCAUCGUCUUCCCUCAAUUUGUUGUGGCAGUCAUUGCUAGUCUGAUUUUCAAGGCCGUGGAUCGUCAAGAUCCGACGGUCACCCUCGUCAACGAAGGUCGCAGCGCGAGCCUCGAUGUUUUCCCAUUCUUUGUCGGGAGUGCAGAGCCUCCGCACCAGCAGUCAGCAGAAGGUGUGGCUUGGGUGCUGCGAUUUGGAGGUCUCAUGUCCCUUUGCGCUGCCUUACUCACCAGAUUCAUUCCGUUGACUAGAACGGAGAGGGCAAGAAGAGGUGAAAUACUGGAUGCUGAUGUUGCACCCUCUCACUUCGACGACGAGGUAGGGGAGGAUGAGGCAGAAGAUGAGCAGAACUGA